GCACUGGUUCCACUGGUUUCAGGAGUCCAACUCCGAGUCAGAGGAGACGACCUUCUUUCCAGCUGCAGAGUUUAAAUUAGGGUUUGCUCAUCUGCACUUCAAAUUCUCGUCUUUCAAGCGCUGGUUACAGGACGUAGGAGCUCGACGCAGCUGUGUACAACAAGAGCCAGAUCCAGCUCUUCUGGGCAAGCAGGUUUGGUGUGGAGAACCUUUUGCUGAGGAAUUGAAAAGGAAGCAUCGAGUAUACCAAUUGUGCAGGAGCAAUAGCUCUCCUCAUCAUUCUUUGUCUUUCUUCACCUUGACGCAAGAUCCUGCUGACCAGAUUUGGGGUGAGACAAGAAGGGCUGGGAAGAUGUCGGAGGGGCAAGCCACUCUCCUUCUUCGGAAGCAGCUGAAGGAGUUGAUGAGAAACCCUGUUGAUGGGUUCUCGGCAGGGCUGGUGGAUGAUUCAAACGUGUUUGAAUGGGCCAUCACAAUCAUCGGUCCUCCGGACACUCUGUACGAAGGAGGGUUUUUCAAUGCCAUAAUGAGCUUCCCCCACAACUAUCCAAACAACCCUCCUUCUGUGCGGUUCACAUCAGAGAUGUGGCACCCCAACGUGUACCCUGAUGGUCGAGUCUGCAUCUCCAUCCUUCACGCGCCUGGGGACGAUCCGAACGGGUAUGAGCUGGCAUCAGAAAGGUGGUCUCCUGUUCAUACGGUGGAGACCAUUCUUGUGAGCAUCAUCUCAAUGCUCUCCGGCCCCAACGACGAGUCGCCCGCGAACAUUGAUGCCGCAAAAGAAUGGCGAGAUAGCAAGGAUCUGUUCAAAAAGAAAGUUGGUCGGAUCGUGAGGAAAUCGCAAGAGAACUUCUGACGGGGAUGCCUGGCAACCAUUGGUUGCUGGCGGGAUGUCAGCUCCAGCAGGUGCUCACAUUCUGUAGCUUUACUGUUCCAUAGCUCGCAAGAAUCCAUAGCUUGUCAAGUUGACCAUGCGGUCACCUGUUGCUCAUGCCAAAUGAGACUUGUAGAGUCAGAUCGUUGUUAAGUUUCUAUAGGAUAGCAAACAAGGCUAGCUUCCGGUUGGCCACAGGGAAGAAACACUCCUCAGGAAAUGAACACUCCUCAUUCGAGAGCCAACUUGGUGAACCUGUGGUCAUGAGUGGUCUAUGCACGACCUCUCAAUGAGAUCUGGUUUCAGAUCCUUGGUGCUUGGGACGCUGCCUACAUGUGC